AUGAGUCACAUUUUACCUGAAAUCCCCUACUUUUUCUCUCUUAUUAUUUCUCUCUCCUCUUUACUGUAUUUCUCCUUAUUUUUCUUUAUCUUUUUAUCUCUCCCCUCAUUUAUUUCCAUAUCCUUUUUUUCACCCAUCUCUCAAUCUGUUUUCCUCUUUCUUUCUCUCUCUCUCUCUCUCUCCCACUUUCACACGCACACAUACACAAAUAUUUCCUUUAGUCCCUAUGUGUCUCUGUCUUCCUCUCUUUGUCUGUCUUCUCCCCAUUCUAGCAUUAUUAUUAUUAUUAUUAUUAUUAUUAUUAUUAUUAUCUUCCUUUUCUUUCUCACGCACCUUUUUCGCAUUCCAUCAUCCAAAAUCCCCGUCUCUCUCUCUUCCCCUCUCUCUUUACCAUUCUUCUCUCCUUUCAAUCUAUCUGUUACCGUAAUCCAUUUCUCUCUUCUCCUCUCUUCUCCUCCCUCCUUCUUCUUUUCGGUUUCGACUCUCGCUUAUAAACCAUAA